GAAGGGCUGGUGGUCCUCACCGACACUGUGAAUGUGCGAGACCACAUUCAGCUCACCUCAGAAAUCGGUAGAGGCAAUCGAUAUGAAGUGAGCAAAGCAUUGGACAAGAGCUGUCUGUCUCGUUUCAUCAGGUUGUUGUGCUUUCUCUGUCGACACCGUAAUCAGAGCAAAUUCACACUGAGAGCAGAGUGCAACUAAGCGGGAGACACCAUGGGUCUCAAACUGGGCGUCGGGAAGUAUUCUCUUGUCCACCAAUCUUGCUUCGUCGCAGCUCUCAUCGUCUUGUUGGGCACACUGCCCACCUCCAACGGACUGAAUACUAUUGUAACUUUCUUUCCGCAACAACUGGACGCACUGAAAGACCUUUUGCGAGCAUGGAAUCAAACCCCCAACCUUGAGACUAACUUGGCUGGGUGGUACAUAAAUUCGAAGUUUCCGUGCUUACUCGAACGGCAUCGCAAAUGGCGUGGGGUGCAGUGCAUCGACUACAUCGACUGUUAUUCAUUAAAUAGCAGCCAUCGAGAAUGCUUUUCCAUCAUUUUAGGCGUGACUCUCCAAAGUGCAUCAAUUGUAGGCUCUAUACCACCAACAAUUGGAAACAUUUCCACGCUGUACAGACUGGAGCUGACAGGAAAUCCAGAUCUCACUGGACCUCUUCCAGGGACAUUGAAUCAAACUAGUCUUGCCAUUUUGGAUGUUCACGACAAUGCGUUGGAGGGUGAAUUCCCUGAUUUCGGGGUCGAAUGGGAUCGGCUCAUGACACUGGACUUAAGUGGCAACAAGUUCUAUGGGUCCUUCCCGUUUCAUCGAAUACGUCAGAUGGUGUACCUCCAAAUAUUAAGACUCGGCAGAAAUCGUUUUGAGGGGCCGGUGCCAGAACGAGCGUUUGAAAACAUGACCGAGCUUUUCGAACUGGACUUGUCAAGCAACAAGUUUCACGGGACACUGCCAAACCUGACAAUGAUACAUUCCUUACGCACUGUGAAUUUGAGCAGGAGUGGAUGUACAGGAUCAUUUCUGAUUUCGUCGUACUUCAACAGAACUGAGGACAACAGCCUUCUAGUGUUGGAUAUAUCGCACAAUCCACUCACACUCGAUCAAAAGUUCUGGAGCUCCUACGAACUUGGCUCGCUCCAGGAGCUGUAUCUCGACAACAUUCGCACCGAUCCAACACUGAACAUCAGUCGACUGUAUGACCUGGGCUUACUCAUGUCUAAAAACUCGACAGCAAAAUCAAGCAUGCUGACAGUACUUUCAUUGAUGAACAACAGCAUUAGCAAUGUUGUCUAUGACGCCAAGUCUAUCGUUGAUAUCGCCACAGUUAUCAGACUGCAAGGGAAUCCAUUCUGCAAGUGUCCACAUUCUGAUGACGGAAGGAAAAUGUUCUGUGCACAAACUUGCUUCAACUCAGUUCCAAUGCAAGAAAGCAACCGCAAGAUUACGAUAAUCGCUGUGGUGGUCAGUGUAACCUCAUCACUGAUCCUAAUGAUCAGUCUGGCUAUUCUAUUUCAUAGGCACAAAAAGCUCAAGCAGUAUCAGGUUCUGGUCCAACAAAAGUUUGAAGAGUUUGAGGUGAAGCCAACUAUAUUCACCCACAGCCAGCUCCGAACUGCCACACGCGACUUCCAUCCCGACUUGAAGUUGGGCGAGGGAGCCUUUGGGAGAGUGUACAAGGGGAUUUUGCCGAAUGGAAAUGUCAUGGCUGUGAAACUACUAUUCCCCCAAAAGACUUCCAAGGGUUUAGACGAAUUUCUGAAUGAGGUAGUUUUGUUGACAGGAAUGAAGCACAGGAACCUUGUGAAUCUGAAAGGGUGUUGCAUUCGUGAACAACAAAGAUCGUUGGUGUACGAGUAUGUUGACAACUAUGACGUUGACCAGGUUCUUCUAGGGGGUGCAAACAAGGCCGACUUGAGCUGGCCUGUGCGAUGGAAGAUCGUCUUGGGAGUGGCCCGCGGUCUACAUUACCUCCAUGCACUUGCACAUCCGAGGAUCAUCCAUCGAGACAUCAAAGCCAGCAACAUCUUACUAACCAAGAACUACGACACCAAGAUAGCAGACUUCGGCUUGGCGUUGCUUUUUCCUGAUGAACAGAGUUGUAUAGUGACCAAGCAUGUUGCUGGUACCAAGGGAUACUUGGCACCAGAAUAUGCGUCGUGUGGUCGGUUGAGUGACAAGGUGGAUGUUUACAGCUUUGGAGUGCUGUGUUUAGAGAUUGUGAGUGGAAGAAGAAACAUUGAUGAUUCUUAUCCUCCUGGCGAAAUGUAUCUGUCCAAAUGGGUAUGGGAUCUGCGUCGGCAGGGUAAGUUGGUGGACUCGGUGGAUCGUACAAUGAGCCUGCGAGAUGAAGAAAAGGUGGAGGUGCUUCGUGUGAUCAACAUCGGCCUACUUUGCAUCCAAAACGAGGCAGAGGAGCGGCCAGGCAUGGAGCGAGUGGUGGCGAUGUUGCAAGGAGAGAGUGAGGCAGAGGUUGUGGCGCUGAAGCCAGGGAAUGAAGGGAACCUCUUGGAGAGCACCAGGUUGUUUGCCGGUUGCAGUAGUGACCUUGGGACUGUAAAGGAGGAAGGCGAGUCGUCUUUCAUGGGAUCGUCAAGUGGAGGUGGAAGUCGUUUUGAGAAAGAAAAUUCCACUGAUGCUGUACUUGAGCUCAGUGAAAUAAGAGUCGGAUGAAUCAUUUAUUUUUGCCACCCUAGAAAAGUGGAGUGCAGGUUGUUGACAUCUUUGACAGAGUUGGGCAGAUAAUUGAUGAAAAUAGUUUCUUCAUUGAAGAGACAGAUAUAGUAUUUGUAGAUGUUGAGCCAACGUAGAAGAGGUUUAACUUCAGAUCUUGUUGACUCCUUAUUUUGCUUUUAUUCCUGCACGACAAUCGCUGACAGUAAUUCUACUAAUCGACAGUGACACUGUACCUGUAAUAGACUCAGGAGAUUGUGGAAGGGACACCACUACAGGUGUUAGCACAAAGUGUGUUUGUAUUAGUAAUUCGGGAGUUAAGUACAAGAGAAAAUACCGACGAUCGAUAGGUAUCGGAUCGGGGGCUUUGUUGUAUCUUAAAUGUUGAUGUCUAGGUUCUUUAGUAUCAACCGAGGUCUGUAUUCAACACCCUCCCUCGCUCCCGUGGUUGAGAUUCCCGGUUUUACUUCAGA